CUCACAUACCCUGCCAAAUGCAACGCUGCGUGCGAUAACAUGAAUCGAUUACAAUUGCCAGGCCGUUGAGCGCAACACGUGCACGUAAAUCGUAAUCGUAAUCGAAUUUUGUAUUUGCUUUGCUGCAGCAACAUGGAAAUUGAUCAAGAGCUCAAGUCAUGGCUGAAAGACAAAAGCAAAGCGUACACAUCACGCCUGGAAUUUGCCAUCAAAGUGUGGCAAUCGGCCGAUUUCAGUUACAUCAACAAAUACGAAGUGAUCUGUGAAUGGUUGGCAAAAUCGCUGGCCAAAGCAUCUCCGCUGCCGGCGGACGAGCUGCGUCAGUUGUUCGCACUGCGCGCCCAACCGGGACUGGUAAGUGUGCAGACCAAAACACAGUUAAUACAAGCGCUCCUCGAACGCAUCACAAAGGAGGAGGAGCAGGAGGAGGAAGGUGGAAAGAAUGCGCAUGCUGAGCUGUUGCAGAGUGUGUUGAACUUUGAGCUGGUGCAGGAUGUGCUGCGUGCCGACUACACGCUGCUCAUGACCACAUACGCCACACUCUUCGCCAGCUACGAGCGGCGUCUAAAGCAACCAACUACGAUUCCCACCGAUCCGGCGAGUUUUGUGCUGCCGCUGCUGCAACAGCUGCGGGAUUAUGUGCAACGCGCCCAGCAUCGUGACCGUUUGCUUGAGGCAUACACAACAACGGCGCUGCAACCGCUGUGCGAACUCCUUCUCCAGCUACGCGCUCAACCCAAUGCGAUCUGUGGCUUUGCCCAGUUGGCGGCAGUUGAACUGCAAUUGACCGAAGACCUGGAGAUUGUGGAUGCCAUCAAACGCCUGACCAAGCAGCCAAUGCAUGUGCGUCUGCUCACACUGGAGGCGGCAUUCUACAACCAUCAUCUGGAGCCCACAAAGAAAGCCAAACUGUUGCACUGCGCAUUCGAGAGUCGCGCCCAAGGCGAUGAUGAAAAGGCGGCCGCCGCUCGCUUGACGAUAGCGAUCCACACGCUGGAGUCGCUGCGCAAACACAACGUUGAACUGCAGUUCCAAUACAGCGAGAAUAGUACGGCGGUGGAGUUUCUAAGCAAACGCAUCUUUGGCUUGGUCAACGAGUGCAAAGAGCUGCAGUUGCGUGAGGUUUUGAUGCUGCUUCGUGGGGCGCUGCGUUUGAAUCCGCUGCUGAUCGAACCGAAUGUGUAUCAGUACACCAUUUGGAUGAUGACGCGAACGAAGAGCAACGAACAGGAGCUGAGCUUAUAUGCCGCUUAUCUGGUGCAAUUGCUGGACAUGUUUCGACGCUUGGGACGCACCGAACGCUUUGUGAUGCAGCUGCUGAAGGCGCUGCGCGAUUGGUUGCGUCGCUUCGAGUUGCGUUUGCCCAACCACGAUAGCAAACGCAGUCGUCUAGAGGAGCCGGACGAGGAGAAGCAGGAGCAGACAGAGAAACCUUCACUAAUCGACUUCAAUUGCUACAUGGAGCUGAUCUUUCAACCGCAUCUCGUUGCCACCCAACCAACGAGCACAACAGAUCGCUUAGCUCAAGCCUGGCCAAGUGCCACAGCGGGCGCCGCAUUCACACGGCUGGUGAGCAGCUUAACGGCCAAGCAAUCGAUUGUCAUAUGGAAAAUGCUGCUGCACACCUUUGAUGAACUUCUGGAGCCCAAAACGAAGGCGGUGCGUCACAUAAAUUUGAAUUUCGCCAUCGAACUGCAAGUAGCUCUGCUCUCGCAAUAUUUACUCGGCAAUCGCCUUGCCGAGCAGGUGGCACAACAUCAAACGGAACUGAAAGAAGGACGUCGCCAUAUGGCGCAAGUGCUGCAGAAGUUUGGUCGUCAUCUCCUGGAGCGUGAACACAAUCGCAGCACAAUGAAUGCGUUCCUCGAGUGCGUCGAACGUGCCAGUUGCUUGGAGCUGUUGCUCGCCUACUAUUGGCCCGAUGGAUUGCCUCGAGAGCAGAAGCACACCGAGGAGGAACUGGAGGAACAGCUGCCACCAUUGCAGCAAUUUCUGCCCAGCGAUGAAUGGGAUUUGAUCCGUCAGCGUGUGCACAAUUUCGGCAAAAGUUUGUGUCGUCAGCGUUUGCAGCGCUUGGAGUUGCAACUGGUCCAAGCUGGUUGGUUGCUCCUUCCACAGCAGCGUCAUGAACCGUGUCCCGCUACUUUGGUCGAGUUGCUGCCAAGUCAACUGUUGCCACAUCUGAGUCGCGAUCAAAAGCAGCUGCGUUGCCGCUCCUUGGAACAGCGCAGCGAAUUGCUGGCGGAUGCCGAAUGUGUUGAACUCUUGGCCAUGCAACUGCUGCAGGAUUAUGCCACCAACUUGAAGGCCGAGAAGGUGAAACACACGCUGCUCUGCAAGCAGCUGCUGGCGGCUGGAGAGGAUACUUUGCCAUCGGAGGCAACGUUGGCAGCUGCCUUGCGACAGCAUUGUGACAGCGAGAAGCGACCAACGUUGCCUCUGGAGGCGACUAGCGAAUUGAUUGCUGCUCUGCAGCAGCUGCCGUUGGCGCAGCUCGUUAGCAGCAUCAAGUUGCGGCUGUGGCUGCUCAUCUUCACCCUCUAUCUCGAUGUGAGACGCGCAGAAUUGCAGCAGCAAGCGGAUCAGUUGCUCGAGCAGCUUAUAGAUCUGCUUCACUUUGGUCAGCCGCUGCCCAUCUGCAGUCACUUCCCGCAGCUUGCAGAACUGCUGCAGCUGGUGCCCAUCGAUGACAGCGACUCCGUCGCCUGGCGCUUCUAUGAGACGCUCUUCGAGCGUUGCAUUCGACGCCUCGGUCCUGGCAGCGAUCUCUUUCUCGCCAGCUGUGCGGAUCAUUUGCGAGCAUCUUCGCUGUCGCUGCAGCCGUCGCAGUGUCGUCUCCUGCUGCUGGCGAUUGAGACGCUGGCGAGUGCAACGGGCGCUCAGGCGAAACGCAUGCAACGUCAUUUGCAGCCACUGCUCGAGAUCUACGGCCAGUUUGUGGCUCACAAGUUUCGAUCGCUGAAGAAGACGCCAUCGGAUGCUGCGGAGUUUGUGCAGCAAACGAUCGCCGGAUUUGGAAUCUAUCUGAGCAGCUGCAUCAAUCGAGCUGCGAAACAACAACGCGAGGAGGAAGAGCAAAAGAAGCAAUCCAAGGAGAACGUUGAGGAUGUGGAACUGGAAAUCAAGACCAAAAAGAAAGAAAAGAAGUCGAAGAAAAUUGUGCAGGAAGAGCAGUCUGAAGAGCAGGAGAAGGCAUCAAGUGAGACGCCAAAGGAAGCGACAGAAUCUAAGCUGGCGCCCAUUGAUGAGAAUCUGCGACGCAUUUGCAAAAUUUAUAUUGGACAUUCGCUGAAUUACCGCAAUCCACAUGCGAUUCGUUUGCUGAAUGUGGCGCUCACUUAUCGCCAGCAACUGCAUCUGGAUCAGGACGAGAUCGAGUUUCUGCUGGACAGCUAUUGGCGUCAGGUGAAUGCAGACAUUGAGGCGGCCGCAUUGGAUAUUGACAGCAUUGACGCAGCGAUCAAACUGAUCAUUGACUACAAGACAAACGAAGAUUUUCUGUUGCUCUUGCGUCGCCUAAUCGCACAACUCGAGGCCCUGCAGCGUCCAGAGACGGAGGCACAGCAUCGCAGUCUGCAGAAUGUGCUCAUCCUGCUCCAGCUGUGCUCCAAGUGCACGCUGAGCGGCAUCAAGGGAGCGAUGCUCAACGAGCACUUUGAGUUGAUCAAUGGGAUUGUGUCGCAGCGUCUGCCUGUCGUCGGCGAUGCCAACUAUCGUCGCCAUCUGCUGCGUCUGCUGGAGGCACAACGCGCUCUCGCCGGCAAUCGAACGGUGCCGCUGACCGGCGAGACGCUCGACACGCUGCUGGGCACGAUGCUGGACAUAAAUAUCAAGCGAUUGAUGAGCACCGGCGGCCAGCUGGAGGAUCUGCAGCAACUGCAUGCCGCCAUCUCAGAGAAUUUGCUGCUGUUGUUGCGUCAACAUGCCACACUGAUGUCCGAUCGCGCUGCACAGUUGACGACCUUGGUUCAGGAUCUGGUCGAGGCGAUUGUUUGCUAUCGCAGCGAUCGCCAGCAGGCAAGUAGUUUGACCAUCGAGGAGCUGGAUGCGUUGGCUGAAUUGGCCCUGAAGGUUGUUACACUUUUGGCUGGCAUUGCUGCGGGUCCACAGGCGUUGGCCAUCAAGCGUGUGGCGCCCUUCCUCCUCAUCUCGACCAUCAAGCAAAUGGUCACCACCGAACGCUCCACAACGCUCUUUCCACAGAUCAAGGUACAUUUGGAUCGCAUUUGUCACGAGCUGAUUGGUUUGUGUGAUCAUCGUGCCGGACACUUUAUUUUGCGUUCCAGCAACGAGGCGGGCGCCCGUUUAUACCAGGAUCUGGUCAAGGAGCAUGACAAAUUCCACAAAUUCAGGGGCAAAGUAUAAGUGCAAGAAUUAUUUGCUGACCUACUCGUAUUUUUUUUUAUCUAUUAUAACAUUCGUUAUUUUAAUGAAUAAAUAUAAUUGUUUACCUAAGUCCUUUGCUCUUGGCUCUCCAUUUGUACUCUUGACUCAAUUUUGAUUGUAAUUGAAAUUCGCCAUUUUGACUUUAAAUUUUUCGAUUAGUUUUUAAUUAUAUUAUUUACAUCAAAUGUAUGAUUACAUCACUUUGUGUGUACUGCGUCAACGCAGUCGCAAAAUCCUUGUAAAGCGUUACGUUUUUGGUAUUUUCUUUUUCAUUGCCUUUCUUUUUGUGUUAACUUCCAAUUUUGACAUGUGUAUUUAUGUAUUCUUACAUGUGAUGUGUUUGUGUGUGUGUUUCGCCAUGGCUCGAUGUGUGUGUGCGUGUUUAAUACUAAGACUAUUUCCAUGAAACAAAACACACGCAUCAUUUACUUGCAAUUUGCUUUUGUACUCGUUUGGUGGUGUAUGUGUGUGUGUGUGAUGCGUGCUCUUCUAGUCUUUCUCUGUGUGUUUGUGUGUGCGUUCAUGAGUUGACAGCUUUCAGCUUUCAAAAGAACAUUUGGCAUCUCUCACACAACGGACGUUCAGCUUCCUCAGGACGAUUGCCA